ACGCAGGAGGAAGUACAGAAGUUUGAGAACGUAUAUAUAUAUAUUUUGAAGUUGACAGACAUGCAGACAGCAGACUCAACACGAACUGUCCUGGGUUAGGAUCUUUUUGUUAGCGUAUUUUAACGGGCGUCUGACUGGGCUCGAUUGGGAAUGGAAUGGACCUGCCAGAAGAGAUCCUUGCACAUAUUUUUUCUUUCCUGCAUUUGCAGGACAAAUGCAAUGCAUUUACUGUUUGUAAGGCUUGGUCUAAUAUCAUGACACAUCCAAGCUCAUGGAAAGAUACUGAAGUCAGGUGUGAGUCAGGAACCAGUGUCCCUGACGGAUAUUCUGUUUUUCUGCCACUGGUCAGAAAUUUGAAACUGACAAUGGGUCUGAUCGAUCCAGCCAAUCGCAAAACAGCACUGUGGGUGCUGCGGCAGGCAGUUGCCAGGGGUGAUGGGCGGCUGGAAGGACUUUCCAUCUGUUGUGAGGGGAACACGCCCCUCUUUUAUGCUGGACAGGACCUACAGCAAGGCUUAGUGGACAUACUCACGAAUGGGUCGUCCCUAACCAUGCUUGACCUAAAGGGAGUACCCUUCACCCUCAGCGACUCUUUCGUCAGGAGCGUUGCCAUGCUUUGCCCUGCUCUUCUAAGUCUUUACAUCAAUAAUCAUUCUCUGGUGUGUGGCGUCAACGCAGAGACGCUAAGGCAAGUGCUGAAGUGCUGCCGGUCACUCAAUGUUCUUGGAGUUUUUCAAGCUAGUCUAUCACAAGAUGUCUUUAAAGAUCUCAUGUUGCCAGAACGACCAGCACUAAAGAAACUAGAGCUUCGUUGCGAGCGCUCACUCAAAUACACCCUGCCUCUCUGUGACCAGAUAUGGGUAGAGUUAAAACUGAGACACCCACAUCUCUGGGUGGAACUUGAGCUUGACCACACCCUGCCCGAAUUGCACUUCUCGGGGGCACUGCAGCCCAGCAUCCCUGUUCGAUGUCUUCGGCUGCUUACUUUCACAUUGCUGUUGGAUGAGGUUCGGAUAGUCGGGCAGAGUUACGCAAACACGCUAGAGGUUCUGGAGCUCCAGACAACCGCAUCUUCUGAACUAAACUCUGCGCUGAUAGCUUUAGCAGAGCAGUGCGUCAAGCUCCAAGAGUUUCACUGUUAUUGUGUGGUCUCACAAGAAGUGAUAACAGCGUUCAUCACAAACUGUCCAAAUCUCAAAAGAUACACUCUCAAAACACGUAAAGAACCUCACCCCUGGACCUGUACAAAACUAAAGUAAUGCUCUCAAGCAAAUUGAAUUUAAUAGUGUAUUGGGAUGCACUGAGUCUCUUGUUUGGUGGGUUCUGAAAGUCUUGAGACAACAUUGAAUUUUUUAAAUCGGGAAAUAAAGUUUUAUGAUUUUGAAAGCAUUUCAAACAAAGCACUAAUUUUAGGUAUAAUCAAGUAACAAAUUUGUGACACCGAUCAUGUGAACUUUUACAGAUGUCAGAUGUUCUUGUUUCCAUGUAAGUUCAAGAUGCUUUUUGGAUCAUCAUCAAAUCAUGCUGGAGAACAUGAUCAUUAGGUUUUGUUCAAGCAGCCCGAGUGCAGUUGUCACAACCAAGACAUUCUGAAAUCAUGUACAUUUUUCAAUUAAACUGCACUCAAAUAUAACUAAUGAAAUUGUAUUAAAGGGAUAUUACACCCAAAAAUAUAAUUCUGUUAUUAUUUACUCACCCUCAUGUCAUUCCAAAUGUCUUCUGCAAAACACUGAAGAUAUUUUGACAUUAUAGCCUAUUGACUUCCAUUGUAUGGACAAAAAACAAAGACAUUUCAGCCCUAACCGCAGAAUAAAGAAAUGCAUACAGGUUUAGAAUGAAAGGACAGAAAAAAAUAAGUCAUACAUGAGUAAUGAAGGUGAGUAAAUAAUGACAGAAUUUUCUUUUCGGGGAACUAUCUCUAAAUUGGAAAAGAAUGAAAAAAGAAACUGUCACUAAUGUUUUUAGACUUUCGGAACUCACUUGUUAUAGUUCUAUGGCACAACAAAAUGGGCCCAAUCAAAUAAACACAAAUGUUAUUAUUCAAAUGUUUAUUAUUAAACAUUUACUUAACAUUAAAGCACAGUUGCUCUUUUAACAACUAAAUGAUUACAUUUAAUUUUGAGCAUCAAAUUUACCACAGAUUUUUUUUGUAGUUGGGAUGGAAAUACUUGCACAUUCAAAAAUGAAUGUGCCUCUUGAAUCUCAAAUGUAUUUUUCUGUGUAUAUUAAACUCAAAUUGAUCUGAAA